UAUUGCGAAUUCUUGAAAAUGGCCAACUUUAAGGCCUUGGCCAUCUUGUUGGCCCUACUUGCCUUCUAUAUCAUCCAAUCUGAAGCUGUCUGCGGUUAUGAGUCAUGUCCUGAAACAAAGUCAAAUAUGAUCAAUAUUCACUUGGUGCCCCACUCCCAUGACGAUUUGGGUUGGCUAAAAACGGUCGAUCAGUACUAUUACGGCAAUAAGCACAACAUUCAGCAUGCCGGAGUGCAAUAUAUAUUCGAUACCGUUGUUGCGGAACUGAGCAAGGACUCCCGUCGCCGAUUUAUUCAGGUGGAGACCGGUUUCUUCGCCAAGUGGUGGGAGGACCAGUCGGAAACUAAGAAGCAACUGGUCAAGAAGUUGGUGAACGAGGGGCGUCUGGAGUUCACUGGCGGCGCCUGGAGCAUGAACGAUGAAGCUGCCGUUAAUUACCAGAGUGUCAUCGAUCAGUUCGCCAUUGGUUUGAAGUUCCUGAAUGACAACUUUGGGGUUUGCGGUCGUCCACGUGUCGGCUGGCAGAUCGAUGCCUUUGGACACUCCAGGGAGCAGGCCUCUAUGUUUGCCCAAAUGGGUUUCGACGGCCAGUUCUUUGCACGCAUGGAUCAGAAUGACAAGAACAAGCGAGUGGAUAACCUGGGCCUCGAAAUGAUUUGGGAUGCCAGCGAGACCCUGAAGGAACUAGACUUCUUCACCGGCAUGCUCUACAAUCACUACUCGGCACCUCCUGGCUUCUGUUUUGACUCCCUCUGCCAAGAUGAUCCCAUAAUCGAUGGAAAGAGUUACGACAACAAUGUCAAGUCCCGGGUGGAUGAUUUCAUCAACUAUGCCUCUAAUCUGGCCGGUUAUUAUCGCUCCGAUCACAUAAUGGUGCCCAUGGGCGAUGAUUUCCAGUACGAAAAUGCCUACAUGAACUACAAGAACAUGGACAAACUGAUCAAGUAUGUCAACGAACGCCAGGCCAGUGGCUCCAAGUACAAUGUCGUCUAUUCCACUGCAGGAUGUUAUCUGAAUUCCCUGCACAAGAGUCUCCAAAGCUGGCCCAACAAGACCCAGGACUUCCUGCCCCACUCUCACGAGGCAAAGAGCUUCUGGACCGGCUUCUUCACCUCACGUCCCACCGUGAAGCGAUUUGAGCGCGAUGGCAACCACAUGUUGCAGGUGGCCAAGCAAUUGAGUGUGCUUGCCGAUCUUUCAAGCGACAAGCAAACCAAGGACUUGGACUACCUACGUCAGAUCAUGGGAGUCAUGCAACAUCACGAUGCCAUCACGGGCACUGAGAAGCAGGAGGUGUCCAAUGACUACGAUCGCCUUUUGUACGAUGCCAUUUUGGGAGGCGCCAACACCGCCCGCGAUGCCCUUCGCCUGCUCACCAACCAGCCAGAGGCAGAGUUUGCAAGUUGCCUAAAGCUGAAUAUAAGCGAGUGUGCCCUUACCAAAGAAAGUGCUGAUAAUAUAAUGGUGACUUUGUACAAUCCACUGGCCCACACUUCUACGCAGUAUGUUCGAGUGCCGGUGAAGGAGGAGAACUACCAGGUUACCGAUGAGAAGGGUCGCGUGGUGGCUUCCGAAUUGGUCCCAGUUCCCUGGCAAGUCCUCGCCCUGGAGUUCCGUAAUAACGACACUCAGCAUGAGUUGGUCUUCAAGGCUUCCGUUAACAAAAUUGCCAGCUACUACAUCAAUAAGGUAGAUAAGGAAGACCAGGCCACUCAAGCCAAAGAAGGAGAAGUGCCUAUGCGAUUCAAAAAGGUGCACACCUUAAAAACUGAUACUGUGACCCACGAUGACGGCGAAACGAUUGUCCAAAAUUCUCUUAUAAAACUGGUGAUUGACAACAAGACAGGCCGGCUAAAGACAGUGGAAAUGAACGGAGUUUCCGAAAACAUUGAACAGACCUUUGGAAUGUACAAGACCGCUCGGUCGUGUCAUUACAUUUUCCGUCAGGAUGCGGACUUGGAAAUUCUAGAAGAUCCCUUCGAGUUCACCGUGUACGAAGGUGAAUCCGUGAAGGAAGUUCAUCAGCAGGUGAACGAGUGGAUCUCUCAGGUAAUUCGCAUCUACGAGGGUGUCAACCGAGUGGAGUUGGAAUGGCUUGUGGGUCCUGUUCCGAUUGACGAUGAGCUGGGCAAGGAGAUAGUCACCGUGUUCCAGAGUGGAAUCUCUUCCGACGGAGUCUUCUACACCGAUUCGAAUGGUCGUGAAAUGAUCAGGAGAGAGAAGGACAAGAGGGAGGACUUCAGUCCCGAUUUGAGUGAGCAGCCCGUUAGUGGUAACUACUACCCAGUCACCUCGAGGAUGGCUCUGCAGGAUGAUAGCAGGCGAAUGGUCCUGCUCAACGAUCGAUCUCAGGGAGGAGCCAGCUUGGAAAGUGGUCGUUUGGAGAUGAUGCUGCAUCGUCGGCACAUUUUCGCCGAUGGCUCAGGGGCUGCCGAAGCCAUCAAUGAACAACAGUUUGGCAAGGGAUUAAUCGCCCGCGGAAAACUGUAUCUCUAUCUCAACGCUAUUGAAGAUGGAGCCACUGCAGCCGAGCGAGUGGCAGAAAAAGAGAUUCACCUGCCCUUCUGGAAGUUCUUCAGCAAAACCAGUAAUAUUCUACGGGAAGUUUCCACAUCGUUGCCCGACUUUAAUGACUUCCCCCAGUCGGUUCAUCUACUCACCCUGGAGCCCUACUCCCAGAAUGAAGUUUUGCUGCGAUUGGAGAACUUUUUAGAUCAAACCGAGGGCAACGUGGUUAGCUUCAGCCUUCGCCAGAUCUUUGAUGAUCUUGGUGGGCUGGAGAUUCGGGAAACCACCUUGGAUGGCAAUCUCCCACUUAGCGAUAUGAAGCGCCUGAAGUUCCAUCACGAUGGUUCUGGUCCUAAUCCCUCAGUCCCGGAGUAUUUUACCAGUCUGCACGAGCCGUUGGCAGUUGAAAAAUCAGAGGAUGCCUCGGCAUUCAGUGUAACGUUAAAACCUAUGCAAAUUCGCACCUUCAUCAUUAAAAAGGAGCAAGUCUAA